AUGUGGCAGAGAGACACUACACCGACGACCAAUCCCCGCGGGGCAAAUCAAGAGUACCAGCAGAGUGCAGAGGGUAACAAUGGCAAUGGAAGCCCAGCUCAGAAGCAGACUGGUACCUCGGCUUUUGCUCAUGACGAGCCUCGUGGGAUGGGUACACCCAGCGGCCCUGGAAGCAUGUCAUACAAACAGGAAGGAUGGUCAAAUGGAGAUGCCAUGAACCCAUACGUCAAUGAGCCAGGGAAGAGCAAAAAGGGCGAGGGCGAAACAGAGACUGUAAAGGUGAAAGGAACGGUGAGAACGGAUAGGCCGCAGGUUUGA